AUGAGUGCCAAUCACACCACCACAGCGACGGCCACCAAUAUCACUGCAGGACUGGUGGACAAUCUGGUUCCUGUCCUGCAGGCACUAGACAUGGGUGUCAUUUCUGCUGUCCAGUCUCAAGGUGAACUCCAUGCUGAAAUGGAACGAUUGGCUGCAGAACUCCAAUUGGUGUCUUCUGGACUGAAACCACCGCCUGAAACAGAUCUUGCAGCAGAACGGCUCAUUGCUAUCCGAAAGCGUAUGAUGACUUUACAAAAGAAACUUCGCACGCUAGAAGAUGUCGUCUACAAAAUCUCAUCCACUGUAGAAAAGAGGGCUGCAGCUACUCAGUCGACCCAAUUGUAG